AACGCAGGAAUAAAAAAAAGUAAAGUUAAAAAAACAUCUGAUAUAAUCAGUGGCAAAAAAAUUGCCAAGUUUAAAAAAAUCCGCCCGACGAACAUAGCAGAAUUCGUUUCAAAUUUUUAAACGUAUGCAAUUAUUCUAAUGCUUGGACUUCUCAGUCCAGAUAAUAUUUAAAUUUAAAUAUUUGCAUAUUCAAUUAAACAUUAACGAAGUUGAAAUAAGAACUUGUUAUGUCGAUAUCGCUGACGAAAAAGCACCACAAGAUUUAACCUGCAUAAACGUACAGCUUAUUUAACUACUUGCUUUUUCUUAUAGAACAUAAUCAUGAUUUUUGCCAUAAACAGAGCUGGUUGUUUGCUUCUCCGUGUAAGCACAGGUUCAAGGUGUAAUUAUAAAAAUUUCAAACUCUCAAGGAUAUGCUCUGUGAAUUUUUCUAUCAAAACUGAUAUUCCUGAAGUAAAGGAAGAACCAACGGUACCUCCACCGCCACCAGUAGGAGAAGGAAAAGUAUUUAGAAAUGUGGAGGAAGUAAUAUCAGAUAUGCCAAAUGGUGCUAAACUCUUGGUUGGUGGAUUUGGACUUUGUGGCAUUCCUGAAAAUUUAAUUGCCGCUAUAUUAAAAAAGGGUGUGAAAGAUUUAACUGUUGUUUCAAAUAAUGCAGGAGUGGAAGAUUUUGGAUUAGGUUUACUUUUAAAGCAACAAAGGAUCAAGAGAAUGAUCUCUUCCUAUGUCGGUGAAAACCCUGAAUUUGAGAAACUAUACCUUAGCGGUAAAUUAGAAGUUGAAUUAACACCACAGGGUACACUGGCAGAACGUGUUCGUGCAGGUGGAGCUGGCAUACCAGCAUUCUAUACCCCUACUGCAUAUGGAACUAUAGUUCAAGAGGGUAAUGUUAUAGUGAAAUACGAUGAAAAGGGAAAUGCAGAAAUAUCUGGUGAACCAAGGAAUGUGGCACAAUUCAAUGGUAGAAAUUAUGUGAUGGAGACUGCGAUCACAGGAGACUAUGCUCUUGUAAAAGCCUGGAAAGCGGACAAAGCUGGGAAUCUAAUGUUUAGAAAGUCAGCUAGAAAUUUCAACCCGGUCAUGUGCAAAGCGGCUAAAGUAGCCAUUGCUGAGGUAGAAGAAAUAGUAGAAAUUGGUGAAAUAGAUCCUGAUCAUGUUCAUUUACCUGGUAUUUAUGUGGAUAGAAUUGUGAAAGGAACAAAAUACGAGAAACGAGUAGAGAAACGAUACACCAAACAAAAUAUGAAGCCUAAGAAGGUCACACCGGCGGGUAAAGCGAGGGAGAGGAUCAUCAGACGUGCUGCGCUUGAAUUCAAAAAUGGAAUGUAUGCCAAUUUGGGAAUCGGUAUCCCAAUGCUCGCGUGUAAUUAUAUUCCUAAGAAUGUGAAGGUGAUCUUGCAGUCCGAGAAUGGUAUUCUAGGGCUGGGUCCUUUCCCAGAUGAAAACGAAGUUGAUCCAGAUCUUAUCAAUGCUGGAAAGGAGACAGUCACAGUCUUGCCAGGUGCCUCCUUCUUCAGUAGCGACGAAAGUUUCGCCAUGAUUCGAGGGGGUCACGUCAAUUUAACCAUGCUUGGGGCUAUGGAAGUAUCAGAGAAUGGGGACCUAGCCAACUGGAUGAUUCCAGGAACAAUGGUGAAGGGAAUGGGAGGAGCCAUGGAUUUAGUUUCUGCAGCAAGUACAAAAGUAGUGGUCACUAUGGAACACAAGGCUAGGAAUGGAAGCCCAAAGAUUUUGAAGCAAUGCACAUUACCAGUAACAGGUCAACAAUGCGUGGACUUAAUAAUUACGGAUAUGGCUGUGUUCGAAGUAAUCCAGGGAGAAGGAUUGAAAUUAAUCGAAAUUGCGCCCAAUAUCGAUAUAAGCGAAGUCGUUAGCUCUACCGGCUGCGAAUUUUCAGUAGCCGAUGAUCUUAAAGAAAUGGGUCAAGUAGAGCUAAGCGAUUGCCAAUAGAGAUAAUCUUAAUUUCAAGUACUUCCAAUUACCGGCAAGAUCGCUGAACUUUCAAAAAAGCCUGCUUCGUUUCUAAGUUUGCACAACGUAGCAACAGGAAAGUUACUCGUGCAGAUAAAUACAAUUUUAAACUGUAAAAUUAUUUAUAAAUACGUAACUUUAAGGUUUGUAUACUUUACUGUAAAUCUAUUUCCUGCAAGAUGGUAGCUAGGUUUUUAACGAACUAAAUAAUAUAAUUUUGUAAUAUACACGCUGGAAAAUAAACUACAGUUUUAAUUUCUAAAAGAAUAAA